AAAAAACAGAAAUACUUGUACUGUACUUGUAUCUUUCUUGUAAAAGAAAUUAAAAAUUGGCAUCAAAAUGCAAAAAGUAGGAAACAACACUAGAAGUAAACUUAACUAUAAUAGUUAUAGACUAUUAAUAUCUAUCAUAGACUAUUUAUAUUAAUAGUCAUCUUCGCUAUCGAAGCAGUUGUCUGGUUCGUCGGGACCUUGAUAUGUGAUUUGUUGUCCUUCCAGUUGUUGGUAAGGCAAAUUUCUGUAGAAGUUAAGCCACUGCAUGGUUCAUAUUCCCGGUACAGUACCUUUAUGUCGAAUCUGCCGAAGUGUAUCUAGAUCCUAGUCUUUCAAUCCUAGAUUCAAAAUUCUAGUCUUUCAUUAUAAAAACCAUAAAUUUUGAACUGGUCUUCAUUUCUACCAGUGUUCUGGUACAAACAUUUCUCUUUCAGUUUUUCUUUCUUUUUUCAAGUACACUUGGAUCGUGUCAACUCGCAUUAACUAAAAUAUGAAGUACUCGUGUCGCAUCCAAGUAGAAAAAGGUUCCGGGAACUCGUUUACACUUCCGAGAUGCCCUCAGUAUAGAGUAACCAUAGACAUAAUAAAAGGUAAACCAGGCAAGGUAUGGGCCGCUCUGUGCAUUGAGGUGUAACGCCAACAGUAAUGGCCAAUAUUCACUUUGAGUGGUCUAGCCAUCUUUGUCUGUCACAUAAGCGGGAUCGCUUUGUAAAAACAGAUAGACUGAUCAUCGAUCGACUGCCCGCGCGUUACACUUUUUUGCUCAGUAUAGCUUGUCUAUCCCUAAUAUGUCUAUGAGAGUAACUCAUAUCGGAGUACUCAUAAAUGUAAAACCGGCUUUAAAGAAUGAAAAUGAUCACAUGAGGCAUAAAAAAGGCAUAACCAUGCAGGACCUCGAUUUUUGACAUUCUUCGUUAUAUAACGAAUUCGCAUUUUAGCUAUUACUUGAUAACGAGUACUAUACAAAAUUUAUAUUUUUGACGGAAUUCGUUACGCCUUUAUCGAAUUCGCUAAAAAUAGCGAUUGUAUGAUUUGGCAACAUUGAUAAACUCAAUAAAAUGUGUUGUAUGUCAGUAUAACGUCUGUCUAACCGUAUUUUUAUUUAAGAUUUAUAAAAAUACACUAUAAGUCUUGAUUUUUGUAAAUAAGUUCAAAUAAGUUUACUUUCUGUACGAUCCAGAAAAUGGACCAGAAAAAAAGGCUGCUAAAAGUGACCGAAAAGCAAAAGAAAGUUUUAGUGGAAUACAUUAAAACAAAACCUCAGUUGAGUAGUGGAAGGUUUUCUCAAGAUUUUUCUCAGAAAGAUUCUGAACAAUUAUGGGAAGACCUUACCAAUACCCUAAAUAGUAUGGGUGGGGCAAUUAAACCCUGGCAGAGCUGGAGAAAGUGUUGGCAAGACAUUCGUUCAAGAACGAAAGUCAAAAUGGGGAACAUUAAAAAACACCAGAAUAAAACAGGUGGAGGCCCUCCAAUACCCCCCGAGGAUAAUUUAACAUCGACAGAAGAAGAUGUAUAUAGCAUUAUUAAAGAAGUUUCGGUGGAAGGACAUACAGUUGAGGAAUCAAUGGUUUCCUUCGAUUUUAAUUCAUCUACAACAAAUAUGUUGUCGGAGACUCUGAAUUCCCAGAUUGACGUACAAGAUGGUAGUAAUGAAAACAACCAAAGCCUGGACACUGAGCCAAAUCUGGAGAUUACAAACGAAGAUCCCCAAGACAUAAAAUUACAAACACCACAAAAAAAUGAAAAUAGAAAUCAUCGAUCAACAAUGCGGUCCAAAAAGAGAAUUCCCAAAAAAAAAAGAAAAUUUUAUGAAUGCAUCUGCUGCUGCAAUGACGUAUAAGGAUUAUUUAAAUAAAAAGAAUAAUAUAAAAAAAGCUUACUUCCGAGAAAAAAUUAAUAUAAUGAAAACGAACCUUAAUAUAAAAAGAAGGAAAAAUAUAAUCCUUCAAAAUAUACUGGAGAAAUUGUCAACAUUAGCUGAAGAGUUGAUCUGAUUUGUAUUAUGGCAAUAUGUUUAUGUUAAUUUGGAAUAUUUACUUAUGUAUUUCUGU